GCUGUCAACUGAAUUUCCAUCCGAUCAGCUGAAAGGAACUAAAGCUUGGAUGUGUUACACGUGCUUAUAGUAUCGUAAACGUAUACUCACAUUUGUACAUUAAAUUUCACUCUUUGGAAACUCAGACAUUACUUAUCAAAAUGCCGAAGGUUAAAGCCGAGAAAAAAUCUCGAAAACAUCAGGAGGUGAAGAGUCAAGGAAUUAUGUUCAAUACUGGUAUUGGUCAACAUAUUUUGAAAAACCCUUUGAUUGUCAACGCCAUCAUAGAGAAGGCAGCACUACGACCGACAGAUGUGGUUUUGGAAGUAGGUCCUGGAACUGGUAACAUGACUGUCAAACUCCUGGAGAAAGCCAAGAAAGUUGUAGCAUGCGAGUUGGACACCAGGCUUGUUGCUGAGCUUCAGAAAAGAGUCCAGUGCACUCCAAUGCAGAACAAGCUUCAGAUCCUCAUAGGGGAUGUCCUAAAGGCGGAGCUCCCCUUUUUUGAUCUGUGUGUGGCUAACUUGCCUUAUCAGAUAUCAUCGCCUUUCGUGUUCAAACUGUUACUUCACAGGCCAUUUUUUAGGUGUGCUGUGCUGAUGUUUCAGAGGGAAUUUGCCAUGCGCUUAGUGGCUAAACCAGGAGACAAGCUAUACUGCAGAUUGUCCAUCAACACACAACUCCUAGCCCGCGUGGAUCAUCUCAUGAAGGUAGGAAAAAACAACUUCAGACCACCUCCAAAAGUAGAGUCCAGCGUGGUGAGGAUAGAGCCCAAAAAUCCUCCGCCGCCUAUCAACUUCCAGGAAUGGGAUGGUCUUGUCAGAAUUGCAUUUGUCCGAAAGAACAAAACGCUCAGUGCUGCCUUCAAGUCAGCUGCAGUUGAGCAAUUACUGGAAAAGAACUACAGAAUUCACUGUUCUCUGCACAACAUAGAAUUACAACAGGACUUCAACAUUGCUCAGAAAAUUGAUGGCAUCCUUCAAGAGUCGAAGUUUAGUGAAAAGAGGGCACGCUCCAUGGAUAUAGAUGAUUUCAUGGUGCUUCUUCAUGCAUUCAACUCUGCCGGGAUACACUUCUCCUAAGACUUAAGGAACAGGAACAGUUACUAGGUUGACAGGAAGUGAAGUCACAGUCUUCUCGGAUUCUGGUUAUUGCUUUUAUUCAUUUGAAGAAAUGAAUGGCAUGUCUUUUCAUUGGACAUUCAGUGGGACACUCAAUCUCUCAGGCUGGGAAUUAUUUGUGCCUUUGCUCAAUGAUGAAAUAUUUACGGACUUCUUUCUGAGGUAAAACUUUAGUUGUGUGCAUGCUGACUGUUAAGAGGCUUUGAAGAGGACGUCUGUAAUGGCUUCUUACAACUUUCAGCUUUAUGUACUUUGCAGUUGUGAGUACACCAGUUUACUUUUCGUAUAACUGAUGUUGUUGUAGAGAAUAUUAGUCUUCAUCCCCAUCAGUCUCAGCAGUAUACACACACACACACACACACACACACACACACACACACACACACACACACACACACACACACUGCUAUCCUACCCAUUACUGUUCAAUACUGAACUGUCAAAUUGAGAUAUAACCUGCUAACACUUCACAAUAAAGUUCAGUUGGUUAACAUUA